AUGGGUGCAUCUUGUUGCGGAUCCAAGGCUGAGCAUGUUCAUGCCAGCUUGGGAGAACAGGGCCAUGCGCAUACCGAUCAUACAAGCGAAGCUUCUACUGUCGAGCACGAUGGGAUACAUGAACAUAAUCAUGGCCAUACGCACGAAAAUGGCGAGGACCAUGGCCACGAACAUGGAGGAUGCUGCGACGAUCACUCCGAUGCCUCUAGUAUCACGUCCCGGGCCUCGACCUGCUGCGGUAGCGAGGAACAUUGCAGUGAGAAAUGCAUCCAUGCCAUUGCGGCCCUUGAGUGCAAGAAGGCUUGUGACGACGAUCCAGGCCACGAAGGCUCCGAGGAUCAGCCCCAUGAGCACGACCAUGGCCUCCACAAGUCUGACACAGCCUGCGGUACCCAUCUCGAAGCUGCAUUCAACCAGUAUAGCAGCUACCUCGAACAGAUCCGCUGCAUUUGCCGAAGCGCUAUCGAGCAGGGAAUGACAUCCCUCGAAACAUGCUGCAUGGGCACACGAACGAGCACGAAUAAGCACAAGCACCGGAGAAAGCAUGGGAAGAAGAAGGCUGCCCCAGCUAUUCCAGCCUUCAAGCCUUCUGGGGCCGGGAGUAAGCAAGUUGAUGUCGAAAACGCUGCGAACCUCGAGACAGUCGGGUUUCUUGUUAGUGGUAUGGACUGUACAUCUUGUGCAGAUAAGUUGCUCCGAAUCUUUGGUAGCAUGACUGGUGUUUCCAAUGCACAGGUCAACUUUGUCAUGGGCAAGGGAGAGUUCGACGUUGAUUCAUCCAUCACUAAUGCUGAAGAGGUUCUCAGCUUUGUGUCUGGGGCAAGUGGAUUCAUGCUUAGCAAGAUCAUCGGCGGAAAUUACUUUAUCGAUGUCUUGGCUACGACUGCACAGAGCAAGGGACUUGUCGAGUACCCACCUCAAGGCGUGACGGAUGUGCAGUCACUUGACAAGAAAACGGUCCGCCUAUCGUAUGAACCAACAAUCAUUGGUGCUCGAGACCUGAUGGAACAGGUCAAAGACAAGUGCAAUGGCCUUGCCGAACCCCGUGGAGAUCCUCAACUCGAGAACAGUCGCCGUCGCCUCUGGGACCAACUCACAAAGACUCUGCUCGCCGCAGCACUCACCAUCCCCGUCGCAGUAGUCUCAUGGAGUGAGAAUCUAGUCGACAAAAAGACGGAAGGAAUCGUCUCUCUGAUCCUUGGUACACUUGUUCAAUGCAUCGCUAUCCCCGAGUUCUAUCGUCCAGCUCUCGCUGCUCUCUGGUACAGUCGAACUGUCGAGAUGGACAUGCUUGUCGUCAUAAGCAUCACGGCUGCUUACGUCUACUCCGUCGUUGCUUUUAGCUUCGAAAUGGCGGACAACCCUCUCGAUGAAGGUCAAUUCUUCGAGACUGGCACCAUGCUAAUCACGCUCAUCCUUGUUGGUCGCCUUAUCGCUGCUUUCGCCAGAGUCCAAGCUGUUUCAGCUGUGUCUCUUCGAUCUAAGCAGAACAACAUUGCUGUACUCACUGAGAAGGAAGGCGAUCGUGAGAUUGACGCCCGCCUUCUUCAGUAUGGAGAUGUGUUCAAGGUUCUGCCUCACUCUCGAGUACCUACAGAUGGUAUCGUCAUCUCGGGCAAGACUGAAGUUGACGAGUCCAUGCUUACCGGAGAGACACUUCCUAUUGUCAAGCAGAAGGGCAGUGACUUGAUUGCAGGUACUGUGAAUGGAGAUGGUACUGUCACUGUGCAGUUGACACGUCUUCCUGGCAAGAACACAGUCACCGACAUUGCCCAGCUUGUCGAAGAGGCUGCCAAGUCAAGACCAGAGAUCCAGGACCUCGCCAACAAGGUCGCUGGGUGGUUUGUUCCUGCUAUGGCUACUGUCGCCGUCCUAGUUCUUGUUAUCUGGAUCGCCUGCGGCAUGGAGGUUCUCGACUACAGCGCGGGAAAGAGUGUUGGUAAUGCCAUCACAUAUGCUGUGGCUACCCUUGCUGUCGCCUGUCCUUGUGCUCUUGGCCUUGCAGUCCCAAUGGUUCUUGUGGUCGCUGGCGGUAUUGCAGCUCGAGGCGGUGUCAUCAUAAAAUCUGCUGACACUACUGAGGGAGCGCGCAAGACCACCGACGUUGUCUUUGACAAGACUGGUACUAUCACUGAGGCUGAGCUUGCUGUGACUGAGCAAGUGAAUCUGAAUGGAGACAUGGUAGACAACCUUGCUUUGGCCAAGGCUCUUGUUUCUGGCGGUAAACAUCCUGUCUCGGCCGCGGUUGAGAAGCAUCUUGAAGGACAGUCCAUCAAAUCUAUGCCUGGCGUGGCUAAUGUUCAAGUCGUUCCAGGCGCUGGAGUCGAAGCGGAGUAUCUAAACUCGAUUCUCAGAGCUGGAAAUGCUCGAUGGACUGGAGCUGAUAAACUCGACGAUGUGUCACGACUUCAGCAUGGUGGUCUUACUACACUUGUCGUGACUCGCGAUUCCGUUCCGCUUAUUGUCUUUGGCCUCUCAGCUCAGAUCCGCCCUGAAGCAGUACGAGUUAUUUCUGAGCUCAAGUCUCGCAACAUCAACGUUCAUCUGGUUUCGGGAGAUCAGAUCAAGGCUGUACAAGCUGUCGCGGCAUCUGUUGGUAUUGCCGCCGAGAACGUUGUUGGGGAGCGUACUCCACCUGAGAAGAGAGACUAUGUCGCUUCUCUGAUGGAUCAAGGCAAGCGAGUUCUCUUUUGUGGUGACGGUACGAAUGAUGCCAUCGCUGUAGCUCAAGCUAACGUCGGCGCUCAAAUGGGAGGUGGUUUGACCAGCAGCGACGUGACUCAAGGUGCAGCAGACGUGGUUCUUCUGAAUGGUCUUGAAGGCAUUCCGUUUCUCCUUGAUAUCAGCAAAGUCUCGUUCCAACGCAUGUACUUUAACUUCGUUUGGUCUGCUGUCUACAAUAUCUUGGCAAUCACAAUGGCUAGCGGUGCUUGGGUUGAGUUCCGAAUUCCGCCAAGGUAUGCUGGUUUGGGAGAGAUGGUCAGCGUGGUACCUGUUAUUCUUGCUGCCAACUCUAUGUUCUUCGCGCGAUACUUCAAGCUGAAGCAAUGA